AUGAGCCCGAGGUAUGAAGAAUGGGACCAGCAGAUUUCGUUGGAGUUGAACGAGAAAUGGACCUGGUGGACCGCCUUGUUCCAAUAUCUGAACCAGAUACGCGUUCCUCGCUGCUACUUUUUCGAACAUUCGAUAUUCGUCGUUGCAAACGAGGAAGCGUAUGCGUGCGUAGCGUAUCUUCGUGCAGAGUUCCCGGGCGGCGGGAUCAGAGUUGCAUUGGUGGGUGGCAAGGCGAAGGGGGCUCCUUUGAAGACGCUUUCUAUUCCGAGGCUGGAACUGAAUGGAGCGGAAAACGAAGUUCGACUGCGCAAAGCUAUCAUCAACGGAAACACGCUUAAGUUGGACAAGACGGUCAUGUGGACCGACUUCAAGACUGUAUUAGCAUGGAGCAAUGCGAAAUAUCGAAGAUAUCGGCAGUUCGUUGCGUUAGACGUCGAGUUAGCGAAAUACUGUCGAAAUCUGACGCAGCGAAGUGGAGAUACGUACCCAGUAAGAUGA